AGUGAAGAAAGUUAACUGCUAAUAGCUGUGGCUAGCUAGCCGAGAGGCAGAAGCAAAGUUGUGGCAUUUGUCAACUUCUAAAGCUUCGAGAUGGCAGACCCUGGAGAAAGACAAGAGGCGGACGACACUGAGCUAAAGGGUGCUGUUGGUGGUGAAGAUGUUGUAGAUGAUGUAAUAAUUGAACAAAGUGCAGUUGUUUUCCGGAGUUAUGUGAUUGAGAGAAUAAACACAGAAGAUCCAAACUUGCACGUGGAGCCAGAAGUUCUAGGUGGAAGAGCUCAUGAAGGAGACGAUCCACAAAUGAAAGAGGUUGUAGAUCAACUUCUUAAAAUUGCUGAUGACCUUAACCGGAAUGCUGAAUUUCAACAUCUUAUUAACACUGUCCAGGCGAACUGUGCCCAGGAUGUAUUCUUCACUGUGGCCAGCAGUAUCUUUGAAGAUGGCAUAAACUGGGGAAGGGUGGUUGCCCUGUUUCACCUUGCUUAUAGGCUCAUCUACAAGGCCUUGACUCAAAAUCACUUGGAAAUAAUCAAGAAGAUUAUUAGCUGGGUGUUACAGUUUAUCAGGCAGCAUAUUUCUGCAUGGCUCAGACAACAGGGAGGAUGGGAGGGUGUGGUCAGAAGCGUCUGGAGGUGGCGCACUAUGACAGCUGUGGCUGCUGCAGCGUUCAUAGUGGCUGUGGUGUACUGGAGAAGAACCCGCUGA